AUGUAUGGGGGUUCCCGGGAACCCCCAUUGUAUAAUCUAAAACCGCCCCUGUUGGUGGUGGGAGAUAACAUUUAUCUCAUGACAUUAGUCGAGAUACUAUGCGCCAUCAUAGUCAUCUUCGGCAUCAUUGUUCUAGCCAUUUGGCUCAUUUGGAGGCCCAACAAGGUCUAUUUCCACGUGGCGGAUGCCUCAUUGGCCAAAUUCGAUUUCUCCCCUUCAACCAACACCCUUGAUUAUGACCUCAACCUCAGCUUUGACAUUAGAAACUCCAAUGAAAAGCUCGGGGUCCACUUUGACUUCAUCGAGGCCAAGACCACUUUCCAUCAUAGAAGAUUCGCUACCACCAAUCUUGAAUCGUUCUAUCAGGAGCCUAGGAACACCACCACUUUGCACCCAGUGAUCAAGGGACAAAGCGCGGUUGAAUGGGGAAGUAGUGAGAAAUCGGACUAUGAGGACGAGAAGAAAAAUGGAGCUUUCGAUAUUUACACAUUGUUUUCCAUGCGCAUUAGGCUCAAAUCAGGUUGGAUCACAACGGGGAAGCUUAAAUUUCUUGUUGGCUGCUCACUGAAGGUUCCCUUGAAGUCAGAUAAGAUAUCGUCUUCUACUUUUGAGAGAACUAAGUGCAUUACCCUACCUGAUUGGACGAAAUCUUAA